UGCGUGUCCGCGUACGUCACCUGUUGGAGUUUUUCGGUGAACUUUCUGAAGACAGAGCGAUUCGCGAGGGUUGCCCUUUGAUCCCUCGAGCUUUUGGUCGAUCGAUUGCGCCCGGAGGAACAGAAUAAUCCACUCUGCAGAAACCAGGAGGCGGGCCGGAAUAAGAAAGAGUCGCCGUGUGCACAUUCAUUGACACGUUUAGAGUUUAGAGUUUAGAAAAAGAGAAGAGAAGAGAAGAGAGAGAGAGAGAGAGAUCAAAUUGGCGCCAUUCGUAAGCUUUCUCUGGACGUGGAGUCGUCUUCAAGGGAUCAGCAUCAAAGGGAGAUUUGUAUAGUAGUGAUCGUUUGCCAAACGUGGGCGAGGACUCGGACGGGGCUCUCAGAAACAGGUUGCGCGCGUAGAGGACGAGAGAUCAUAACGAGGGUAUGCUUGGCGAAGAAUAGACGCUUCUUGUGAGUAUUGGGAGAAGCGUUGGAAGUGCACGGAGGGAUCGCGGGGAUCGCCCGCAGGGAAUUGUAGUGACAGACGUUGUGAAGGAAAGGAAGAGGAAGAGGAAGAGGAAUAGUUGGUGCGAGUAGAUUGAUUAUUUUGAUACAAUCGGGAGUUAGUCAAUUGACACGCCGGGCAUGGGUGGAGGAAAGGGAGGGGAGCGAGGAACCACGUACAGUAAUAUGGAGCAUGCAGAUGCCGCGGAUGACGUUGACUACCCUGCUGGCGCACGGCAGCAGGAAAUGAGACGUUCUGUGGCUUCGCCUUCAUCGAUUAAGGAAAAAUCUGGCGGUUCCACGAGAGUUGUUGAAUUGGAUCCGAGUGGAGUCAUGGACGAUUACGAAGUUGUCUUUGUUAAAGAUAACGUCUCUGUACAUCCGACCCAAAAUGCAGUGGGGAGAAUCAGCGGACGAUUACGUCUGAUCAAACAAGGAGCGUCUCUGUUUAUGACUUGGAUACCGUACGCCCAUGGAGGUGUGACUAGAGAGGGCCCGAAUGUCGUAAUCAAAGGUGGUCUCAGAAAUAGAAUGGGCAGUAACAGAGCAGCCGAGAGAGAUAGGAAUCUAUACACAAUUCGCGCGGUAUCUCUUUCGGAAAUGCGAUCAAUUCGACGUCACACUCCACCGUUUGGUUGGCAGUACAUCAUCAUUGUACUGACAUCAGGCCUUGCAUUUCCUCCACUCUACUUUCACAACGGUGGGGUUAAAGAGUUUCUAGCCACUAUUAGAAAUCAUGCCAUUCUUGUAAGGUCUGCAGAAGAUGCAAAUGUGUACCUUGUAAAUGACAUCCAAGAUCCUCUUCAGAGGAGCUUAACUUCCCUUGAAUUGACGGAAUCACCAGCCCCAGCAGUACCAGCCUCUAGUCAAGAAGCUCCCUGGCCUGUAAUAUUGAAGGAAGAACAAGUAGGUCGUUCACCUACGGUUGCGGAUAGCUAUUACAGACAGGAGCAAAGCAGCAGGAAAACCAAAGACCCAGCUCGUGAUCUUUCAAUGCAUGUCUUGGAGAAGUUCUCAUUGGUGACGAAGUUCGCGCGAGAGACCACAGCACAGUUAUUCGGAGAAAGCCGCAUGUUUCUAGAUGGCCUUGAUAUGGACAGAGGGCCAGCUCCUCGUCCUCCUCAAGAGGCUUCGGUACACGCCGAUGUGAAAAUUGUUGAGAAUGCCAAGGAAGCUCAGCCAGUCCUUGCAAUCAAGCCUGCAGAUGAGCAACCGACAUCACCGCCGAAGCCUACAGAGGAGGAGCUAAACGCAGAUGAGCAAGCAGAUGAAGAAGCAACGACUAAUGUGGGGACAUUUGAGCUUGUGGAUGGUACGCAGGUACUUAGUUCCAGUGCCAGCUCUUUAGACUUUGGAGACUUUGACAAUCCCUUGACUGAUAACUCACCGGCGCUGGUGUGGGGACGAGCACGACCUCCACCAUUAGGAAGCGAAGAGUGGAGAAGCUUUCUGGACAGUGAAGGAAGAGUGGUGGACCCAAAAGCCUUAAGGAAGAGGAUAUUCCACGGAGGAGUUGAGCCAGAAGUCCGCCAUGUGAUAUGGAAGUUCUUGUUGGGGUACCAUCAGUUUGAUUCUACGUAUGCAGAGCGAGAAUUCCUGAUGGCAUCGAAAAAGGAAGAAUAUGAAAUUCUGAAAGCUCAGUGGCAGACGGUGUCGCCUGAGCAAGCUAAGCGCUUUGCAAAGUACCGAGAGCGGAAGCAUCGUGUAGAGAAGGAUGUGGUUCGGACGGAUAGAACACUCCCAUACUAUGCUGGCGAAGGUGAUGACAACCCAAAUAUUACACUUCUCCGGGACAUACUUGUGACAUAUUCCUUCUACAAUUUUGAUCUGGGCUAUUGCCAGGGCAUGAGCGACCUUCUCUCCCCCAUCCUGUUUGUGAUGGAAAACGAGUCAGAAGCAUUCUGGUGCUUUGCCGCUCUGAUGGAACGUUUGGCUCCUAACUUUCAUCGCGAUCAAAAUGGAAUGCACUCUCAGCUUUUGGCACUUUCUAAGUUGGUGCAACUGCUGGACGGACCUCUCCAUGAUUACUUCAAACAAGUGGACUGUCUGAACUACUUUUUCUGUUUCCGUUGGAUUUUGAUCCAGUUCAAAAGGGAGUUCGAGUUCGAGAACGUCAUCAAACUCUGGGAAGUAUUGUGGAGCCAUAGUCUUUCAGAGCACUUCCAUUUGUAUAUGUGUGUUGCUUUGCUCAAGCGACACAGGAGGAGGAUCAUGGAUGAGCAGAUGGAGUUUGAUACCUUGUUGAAGUUUAUCAACGAACUGAGUGGACACAUCAAUUUGGAAUCCACACUGCGAGAUGCGGAGGCUCUGUGUUUGUUCGCAGGUGAAAGGGGUGCCGCAUGUAUACCUCCAGGAACUCCCCCAGCACUUUCAGAAGAGGCGGCCGAAGGUUGGUCAGAUUGAUUUGGUCCAAUAGAGAGUAGAGAUAACACUAGUCUAGUUGGACGAAUCGGCAUGCACAUCAUUGUUAUGUUUAAACAGUCAUUUCAAUUUCAACAGUUGCAGGGAUACUGAUCAGAAGUGGUUAGUUCCCAUGUUAGGUGUAUAUUUAGGUAUCAAGCUAAAUCACAGUCGUUGUAUAUAAUGCUUUAUUGUAUUAGUAAGCUUCAUUCAAGCAGACAUUCGAAUAAAACUGCUACAAUUUCCUCAUUUCAGUUGCUUACAUAACCACGCUUGUUUCUUGGAUCGGAGUUGGUAAUACUUUGCCAAGCCAGCACCCUCAUUUUUAUUCUGUCUCAUGUGAGGCAUGAAGCAUUGAAAGUGCUUAUGCAUAACCUCGUCUUGCGACCACAUGUGUUUUCACCUGCAAGUGAUCUCAUUAGAAUUUAACGUAGAGGUGUCAGUCAUACGAAAAUCUGUCUCUAGACAAAUUUUUCGGUACUGCAUUCUUUACCAACGGUCCAUGGCGAUGGUGUACGGAAUCAGCGAAGCUUCUCACACUUCUGCAUAUGCAUUCUGAAGAGGCGAUUCUUACUGGAGUUUAUCAAACAGUUGGAGCUCUCAAGCGAUAUUCUUUAUGUUCGAUGUCUUCUGUCACACAAGGGAGUGAAGUAUAUGAUGAGAUGCGCAGUUGGUUUUGUUUCUUGUGUUUUCUUGCCCUCCGCAAGGAACCCAUAUUUUUUUUUCACUGGCUUUGUGUGUUCUCGACCUUUCUUGAAACUGUAAACCUCAGUAAUGAGCUUC